UAGCCCGCCAUUAAUGCCGCUACUAGCCCGAGCUCCACGAGAUCAGAGAGGCGGCGGCUGGGCUGAGGCCCCGUGUUCGCGCCAGGCCAGGCGUGGCCACCGUGACACGCGCCGACGCCGUUUAUAAAAGCGCACCGCCGCCGCCCGCCCUCGCCUCGGGUUCUGCAUGCUCUGCGCCUCACUCUCUGUCACCGCGCGUCCGUGUCCGUCACCAGACCUUGGCGGCCGCGUAGCGUAGGAUGCUCACGUGCAUCGCGUGCUCCAAGCAGCAGUUCUCCGGCGGCGGCCCGCCACUGCACGAGCCGCCGGAGGACGACGAUGUCGUUGGUGGAGGCGCCGGCACCAGCGCCGGCGCGGCGACGCCGAGCACACGGCACGCCAUCAAGGCGCUCACCGCCCAGAUCAAGGACAUGGCGCUCAAGGCGUCGGGCGCGUACCGGCAAUGCAAGCCCUGCGCGGGCUCCUCGGCGGCGGCCUCGCGGCGGCACCACCCGUACCACCACCGCGGCGGCAGCGCCUUCGGGGGCUCCGACGCCGACUCGGGGGCCUCCGACCGCUUCCACUACGCGUACCGCCGCGCGGGGAGCUCGGCGGCCUCGACUCCGCGAUUGCGCAGCGGAGGCGCCGCCCUGUCGAGUGGCGACGCCACGCCCUCCAUCAGCGUGCGCACCGGCACCGACUUCCCCGCCGGCGAUGACGACGACGACGAGAUGACGCCAGAAGCCACUGGCGGAUGUGGUGGCAAGGACGACGACGCCAAGGAGUGGGUGGCGCAGGUGGAGCCCGGUGUGCUCAUCACUUUCGUCUCACUGGCGGAAGGUGGCAACGACCUAAAACGCAUUCGAUUCAGCCGUGAGAUGUUCAACAAAUGGGAAGCACAAAGAUGGUGGGCUGAAAACUAUGACAAAGUUAUGGAACUUUACAAUGUGCAGAAGUUUAAUCAAACUGUCCCUCUCCCAGCUACCCCAAAAUCUGAAGAUGAGAGCUCCAAGGAGGACAGCCCGGUGACACCACCACUGGACAAGGAAAGGCUACCCCGCACUUUCCACAGACAAGGUGGUGGAGCGAUGGGCUCCUCUUCAUCAGAUUCUCUCGAGCAUCACUCAAACCACUACUGUACUGGCCGCCACCACCACCACCACCACCAUGGACACCAAUGCUGUGAUUCAAUGGGCCUGGCAUCAACGCCAAAGCUGUCAAGUAUCAGUGGAGCCAAAACAGAAACCUCAUCGAUGGACGCGUCAAUGAGGACAAGCUCGUCACCUGAGGAGAUCGACAGGUCUGGUGAGCUCUCGGUGUCCGUCAGCAAUGCGAGCGACCAGGAGAGGGAGUGGGUCGAAGAAGACGAGCCAGGCGUAUAUAUCACAAUCCGGGCUUUACCUGGUGGGAUCAGAGAGCUUCGCCGCGUUCGGUUCAGCCGGGAGAAGUUCAGCGAGAUGCAUGCCAGGCUGUGGUGGGAAGAGAACCGAGCGAGGAUACACGAACAAUACCUCUGAGAAGAGACGCCCGACACCAUCAGCAGCACGAGCACAUGAAUAGAGCUGGCACUAACACAUCCACAUGCAUUUCCAGCUUCAUACGAUGUUUUGCUAACCUAAGAGGUCCGGUUUCCGGUAUUUUACAUUUCGUUCAGUCUCACGUGUGGUGGUGGUGGGGUGGGAGGAUAGUGUACGUAUUUCACAGUUUCACUACUGAAUCUGUAGGUCUCGUUUUUCAUCAAUAAUGUAUAUCUACCUGUUGUUUCCCAUAAGACAAAUUAGCAUGCUUGUGUU